AUGUGCUACAAAGUCGUCGAACGCUACUCUGUCUGCAAGUGCGUCUACUUCCAACACUCCGUCGACCCCUGCCAGGCCUACGGCCAACGUGGCCACACCGUCCAGGAAAAGACCGUGCUAGUCGGCUACGCCUGCCCACGUCACUCCGCUAAUGCAUCCCCCCGCUUCUCCUACCGCUGGCCGCUGGCCGGAUUCGGGGUACUCCAGUUCAAAGGGUUCGUACCGUUGAUGUUUCCCUCUUCGCUCUAG